GACUGCAUCGAAAGACGAAAAACCAAAAUGUGGCGAGGGGCAGCAAUCAUAGCGGCGUGUUUGUUUCUACAGGCUGUUUCAGCAGAUGACUGUGAUUAUCCGCAAGAUUGUCAUGAGAUCAAGGAGGAUAUGAAUACGGGCACGCCGCGAUGUAGCGGAGUGUACACGAUCUACCCUCUAGACAACAGGAAUCCAAUAAGCGUGUACUGCGAUAUGACGACUGAUGGCGGAGGCUGGUUGGUAUUUCAACGAAGGGAAGAUGGAUCUGAAAUUUUUUAUCGAACAUGGGAAGACUAUUUGAAUGGGUUCGGCAAAUUGUCUAAGGAAUUUUGGCUAGGCAAUGAAAAUAUCCAUCGUCUGACCCACCAAAGACCGUAUGAAAUGAGGGUGGACCUGGAAGAUUGGAACGGGAAGAAAGCGUAUGCUGUCUACAACUAUUUCUCCAUUGGUUCUGUUACCGACUACUACAAACUCUUUGUCAUGGGCUACAGUGGCGAUGCGGGUGACAGUUUCUCGGGUCAUAAUGGAUACUUCUUCAGUGCCAAAAAUCUCGAUAAAGAUACUUGGGCUAACAGCUGUGCUGAGAAAUUUGGUGGAGGUUGGUGGUAUAGUAAAUGCCAUGGAUCUAACCUCAACGGCUACUACCUAAGCGGAAACCACACUUCCUACGCUAACGGUGUAGACUGGCGAGCGUUUAGAGGUUACCACCACUCGAUGAGGAAAGUGGAAAUGAAAAUCCGACCAAUGAAGAAACUUCUUAAAAAAUAAGACGAACAAUCAAAACGACAAGAACAAAACGACCCCCCCCCCCCCUCAUCCUACUAAAGCAGCACCCUCUUACAGAUAAAUCCAAAUCUAUGCAAACUCAAAACAAAAAGAAAAAGAAAACGAUAAACACAGCACCAACAAUAAACUUGCCAAUAAACAAAACAA